AUGCUUAUGAAGCAGUUCCUGCCCCUAUACCUGGCGACCAAAGGCGUAUCUGCUGUUAUAUUCAAAUCUGUGACGACGUCAUAUCUUUUCAGCAUGUAUCUCUUGCCGUCUCAGUCUUCGCCAUUACCGGGCCGUAAGCGUACCGGCGCUCUACUGUCGCUGUUUCCGGGAGAAUUCAUGCUGGUUCCUCCAUUCUCGAAAUCGAGAGGUGCAGCCCCGGAGUUCGAGUGUGGCCUGUUGCUCCUACAGCAUGCACUCUGGGCCAUCAUCACGGCCUGCACGGUUGAGGUCUUCGGUGCUCCUAUCCGUGGCGCUGGAAUGGGUGCCACUGGCCUCAUCUUGAGGUUGCUUAUCUGA